UCACUUAUUUUUGACAGGGAGAACUCAACACCAAUCUACAUUUUGUUGUUCCACCUGUUUGUGAUUAUUUUCAUCAUGCCAUUUGUGAAGAAAUUGAUCAGAUCAAGAUGACUAUUUUGUUACAGCUCCUAGCCAAUAAAUAGUUAACAGGAAUAUCUUCUGUGAUUGGCUAGUGGGUUAUUCAUCCAGUGUUCUGACACGCAGUAGGAUGGUCCUGAUCUGCCAUCAGUCUACGCUGUUUAUAAGACGUUGAAGCAGGAUUCACGAGAAGAUGAGGAUGAUAAACUGUUCCAGCACCUUAGAGUGCCCUAACAACUCGACAGAGGAGGAGUUAAAAAGAGAUUUGGGUAAUUAUGGGAACCUGAAUCUUGGUUUCUCAGUGCUUUUGGCUGUCAUGAUGAUACUGGUGAUGUUUUCUUUGGGCUGCACUGUGAACAUCAAGACGUUAUGGUCACAUAUCAGAAGACCCUGGGGAAUUGCUGUGGGCCUGCUAUGUCAGUAUGGGCUGAUGCCUCUCAUAGCCUACCUCUUGGCCAUUAGCUUCUCUUUGCCACCAUUGCAAGCUGUCACAGUUCUCCUCUUGGGUUGCAUGCCUGGUGGAGCAGUCUCUAACCUUUUUGCCUACUGGGCUGAUGGAGAUAUAGACCUCAGCAUUAGCAUGACAACUUGUUCCUCAGUAAUUGCAGUCGGAAUGAUGCCACUCUGCCUUUACCUCUACACUCGGCCGUGGGAUCUUGAACAGAAUAUCACCGUGCCAUAUCAGACCAUAGGAAUUUCUCUUUUAUGCUUAAUUGUACCUGUGGCUAUUGGCGUCUUUGUGAAUUUCAAGUGGCCGGCACACUCUAAAAUCAUCCUAAGAGUUGGGAGUACUGUUGGGGCGAUCCUCUUGUUGAUGGUUACAGUAGGAGCUAUAAUAUUUUUGAAAGAUUCUUGGAAUUCAGAUACACCCCUUCUGAUCAUCGCUCUUGUUUUCCCCUUGAUUGGAUACAUCUUUGGUUUCCUUUUGUCUCUUCUUACCUGCCAGCCUUGGGAGAGGUGUAGGACAAUUUCCCUGGAAACAGGAGCUCAGAACGUACAAAUGUGUGUCACCAUGCUUCAGUUAUCUUUCAGCCCAGAACAAGUGGCCCAGGUAUUUACUUUUCCUUUGAAGUAUGGAAUUUUCCAGCUGCUGAAUGGAUUUUUCAUCAUUGCAGUUUAUCAGACAUACAAGAGACUAUGUAAGAAAAAACAUGAAGAAAAGGAGCUUAAUUGCAAUGAAGUUUCUGAACCAAAGGAAACAGAUGCCAGCAAUGAAGUCACUUCCUUUCUGGAUAGGGACGAGGAGGCCAGUGGGACCCUGUAGCUGUCAAUGACAACUGACCUCACUGGAGCAUUAGUCCAAGUAAUGGCCCUCCCUUCAUCAUUGACCAAAAAGUCAAUCCAUCUGCUUCAGAUGCUAUUACCUAACUGUGUAGACAGUCUGAUUAUUGAAAUGUCAAUUGUUGGUGUAUAUUACUGUAUGCACUAUGAAUUGUGAUCUGAUCUCUUCAGGAAAAUAUUUUGUUUCCUUUUGUAUGUGGGGGGUUAAUUUCGUAUUUUAAUAGUCUUGUCUAAGCAGUAUUCUUAUGAAUGAAUAUUUUUAAUAUGAUAAUAUAUUUGCAUGUCAUUUCAUAACUCUUUUUGCAGUUGAUGGAAUCUAGACUGGGCCAUGGAUCAACCUUACUGCCAAUAGGACUCGUUGCCUACUUAUUAAAAUUCACUGGGGAAGCUAGGUGAUAUAAUGGGUAGAGCACUGACCUGAGUUCAAAUCUCACCUCAGACACUUACUACCUGUGUGACCCUGGGCAAGUCACUUUACCCUGUUCGACUCAGUUUCCUCAUCUUUAAAAACAGGAAAACAACACUUGUACCCAGAAGCCAAUCAACUGGGGAAUAGUUAAGCAAAUUAUGGUAAAGAAUGUUCUUGUGCUGUAAAACAAAUAAAACAACAAUUAUGAAGAAUUCAGAGAAGUAUGAGAAGAUUUAGGAAGAGUGGGGCAGGUCUAGGAAAAUAACUUACACCAAAGAAUAAAAAAAAAUUGAAUGCUAUGCAGUUAUAAGGCCCAAAUCUUGACCCUUGAGAAGAGUUGAGAAAAUGCAUCUUUGCAGGGGUGGGUUUGGAAUACUGAAGAUAUGGAAUACUGUGAAUCUUGUCAAUCAUGACAAUGUGAUUAAUUUUGCUGAAGUGAUUUUUUUUUUCCUUUUAAAAAUAUUUUUUCUUACAAUGGAAGGCACAUUGAGUAGAAGGGUGAAAUGUUAUGAAUGGAAAUGUAAUUUAUGUACAACAAAAGGAAUCAAUUAAACUAAGAUAAAUAAAUAUUAGACAAUUAUU